GUUUAUUUCGCUGUGCGGCGCGCGCCGUGUGCUGCUGAUGCCGCGCGCUUCCCAGUGAGGUACAAAAGCCGCUCUGCAGUUUGACCAAUCAAAGCGCUUCUCAGACUUUAUCUCUGUGGCGAACAAGUUGCACAGUCUCAUGCCUGUCACAUUUUUGCCAGUGCGUGAAAAGAAGAGAUGGUACCGGGUUCAGAGCGCCCCUCCUGCGGUCCCAAGCUCUGUUUUGUGGAAUCGCCGCUGGACCUUUAAAAGCCAACAUGCCGCAUAACGCCAGGGUCCUGCUGCUGCUGCUGCUGCUGCUGCUGUCUUUGAGUCUGACGGCAGAGUCCCGGAGGAUGGGAGGCAGGAGGAAGCGGUGGUCCGAGCCGGAGGAGACUCUCAAGCCAGGAAAGACCCUGGGGGAAACACCUGAUGCUGUGGUUCUAAUUGGGAAGACAGGCUUGGAGGCUGGCAUGGUGAAUGGUCCUCUGUCAAGGAAGAUCAUUGAUGGCACCAAAACACGAAAGCUGAAAACCAGCCACCUUCUGCGUGUGGAUGAACACGACUUCACCAUGAGGCCAGCAUUCGCAGGUCCGGCUGUCCCAGUUGGAGUGGAUGUUCAGGUGGAGAGUUUGGACAGCAUAUCUGAAGUUGACAUGGACUUCACCAUGACUCUGUAUCUAAGGCACUACUGGAAGGACGAAAGGUUGGCUUUUCCAAGCACCACAAAUAAGAGCAUGACAUUUGAUGGGCGCCUAGUGAAAAAAAUCUGGGUCCCUGAUGUGUUCUUCGUCCAUUCUAAGAGGUCCUUCAUCCAUGACACCACCACUGACAACAUCAUGCUGAGGGUCUUUCCGGACGGCCAUGUUCUGUACAGCCUCAGGGUAACAGUUACUGCCGCUUGCAACAUGGAUUUCAGUCGUUUCCCUCUGGAUUCACAGACAUGCACUCUGGAGCUGGAGAGCUAUGCUUACACUGAUGAAGACCUGAUGCUUUACUGGAAAAGUGGGGAUGAGUCCCUGAGCACAGAUGACAGGAUCUCUUUAUCUCAGUUUCUCAUCCAGAAGUUUCACACCACCUCCAGACUGGCUUUCUACAGCAGCACAGGCUGGUACAAUCGGCUGUACAUCAACUUCACCCUCCGGCGGCACAUCUUCUUCUUCCUGCUGCAGACGUACUUUCCUGCCACGCUGAUGGUCAUGCUGUCCUGGGUGUCCUUCUGGAUCGACCGCAGGGCUGUUCCUGCCAGGGUCUCUUUAGGUAUAACUACGGUGCUCACUAUGUCUACCAUUAUUACUGGAGUCAACGCCUCCAUGCCAAGGGUCUCUUACAUCAAAGCUGUCGACAUUUACCUCUGGGUCAGUUUUGUCUUUGUAUUCCUCUCUGUGCUUGAAUAUGCAGCGGUCAACUAUCUGACCACAGUGAGGGAUGGUAAAGACCGGAAACUAAGAGAAAAACUAAAGGAACAGUCCCAACCGUUGCCCUGCACUUGUGGCAUGCCUCACACCAAGACCAUGAUGCUGGACGGAAUGUACAGCGAGGCAGAUGCAAACAGUCUGGCAGGGUACACCAGAGCCUCUAUGGCAGCUGAGGACCCGUCCGACAAACAGGAGCAGAUGGUGGUCCAUCUCACAUUGGACAAUGAGUCCACAGAGACUAAGAAGAAGGGCAUUCGCAGCUUCCGCAUAAUCCAGAACACCCACACCAUUGACACUUAUUCCCGCAUGAUCUUCCCAGGCGCUUACAUCCUAUUCAACUUGAUCUACUGGUGUGUGUACUGCUGAGUUUGUGGAUUUUAAACAAAGCUCCACAAGAACAAAGGAAAAUGUUUCCUUCAUUUUGGAAGGAAACAUCUCCGAGUGUUGGAAGAAAACCUACUUGUAGCUCACAUGCUGCUGUUGCUCCGGAUGACAUCCAGAGACGAGAGAGCAUCUCUUUCCAUACAGCCCUGGCUUCAGAGGGAUUCAGCAGGACAUUGUCUUAUUUUGUGGGGAUUUCUACUUAAAUAGAAAUACUUAAACAAACCUAUUAUGUCACCUUUCAAGUAAAACAAAAACAACCUUGUUUAUUAAUGCAAAAUGAACAACAACUCAUAUAGGUACCCUUUUCCCCAGAAAGCCAAUAAAGUGAAUAGUACUACCCACUUUAGAACAUAGAUAACAACAAAAUCAAUAACCUAUUUUUGUUAACAAGCUUAACAUUACCUGCAUCCAAAAGCAUUUUCAGUUCACUCGGGUUAGUUUGGGGAAAAAACUGUAAAAAUUCUUUGCCUCUUGCUGGUUUGUUGCCAUGAUUCAUAUUUUUAGUUUGCUGCACAGCGGCAGCAGGGCUCCUUCUCUGCCUUGCAGGUGUUAAAACCGGCGCAAGCAUCUCAGGACUCACGUUGCAACAAGUUAUGACAUGUUGGCAAAGGAUUAAACUGGUUAAACAAAAGUGCGCGGGACAACAGGCACAAAUAUAGGAAGUGUGGGAGUUUCUACUGUGUCAAAUCAAGAUAUGAAUGCGACUGGCUCUGUGGUCGAGCAAUGCCCCAUAAUGCCACCCCCUAAUCCGUUUGUUCUCAAAAUUCACCAAUUCCAAGAGUCCUAAGUGAGUUUAAAACAAUUACAGGAAUGAAAAGGCUCUGUGGACUUCAGGCUUUCACAAAAAAAUAUUUGUACAAAGGUCAAAUUUUCCAGGAACGUAACAAAAAGUUGCAACCAGAUUGCAACACAUCAAGUCUACAGCUGUCCUGACUCUCCAGCUACAGGUACCAGGGUGCGCAUGUAUCCGGUGACCUCACCUGGAGUGACCUCACCUGGAGUGACCUCACCUGGAGUGGCAACACCUCCCGUCUGGUCAGGAAGGCCCACCAGUGUCUCUACUUCCUCUGGAAGCUGUGGAAAGCAGGACGUGGGUGUUCAGUCCUCAGGAUCUUCUGUCACUGUGUGAUGGAGAGCGUUCUCUGCAUCUGCAUCAAAAUGUGGCACAGCAACUGCACAGCUGCUGACAGAGCCAGUUGCCCCCAUUAUCAAUGUUAAAUUGAUUAACAUCAAUAAUCAUAACAAGAGCACAAAUAGUUAAAUGUGUUAAGAUAAAUAUUUGACUAACUGCUCUUCUGUCACUGCCAGAAAUCAAUCUGAAGCCUAAAUUGUUCUUCAACAUGGCUCAUCAUCAUUAUUAUUAUUAUUAUUAAUUAUUAUUAAUAUGAUGGACUUCUCCAUCAGUUACCCCAAUAUGGAGUCCAUUCAUAUGAUUGACUGAAACAAGGAAGUUAUGUGAUUGGUUGUUGUCUGAUUGUUCCUUGUUAAAAAAAAAAAAAAAACAUUUGUGGAUUGAGCCUGUGAGGGGAGUGUCAAAAUUCACACAUAAAUUCAGUGAAGCCCACUGGCCAGAAGCAGCUUGUAAGUCCAGAUAUAUUUGUGUUUGCAUCAAAAAUAAAAGUGAAUCUUUUUAUGUGCACAUGUCAGUCCUUCUGUGUAUUUAUGAAUAUUGAUACAGCUUCAGCUCCAUACAUAAAGACACAUGAAUUUGUAAAAGUGAAUUUACCUCAAUAUGUGAAAACACAACAAUCUGCAGGUUGAGAAUAACAGAGGCAGGCCUGUCUUUUUCAUAACCAGCUGAUAAUAACAGACCUUUUGACAUUUUGUAGAAAACAUUUUGAUGACUGGAUAGCUGAUGAUGAAGAAGAAGGUUGAGCUCAUUUUAGAGAGUACAAUGUUAAUUAUGGACUAAAUCCAGAGUCCUCUGUGUUAUCAGCAGGAGUUGAUGGGAGAGGGGGAUGUGAGCUGACAGAAGAGUAAGAAGUUUGCUUUGAACAGCGAGAGCAAAUCAGGAGCUCCUGCUUCUCGAGUCUCGGAUUUCUCCUGAGGCUUCACAGCUUUGAUUUUCACAGAGUUUGAUUCUCAGUCUGAAUGCUCUGAAACCUGAGGUUUUUAUGUGCAUACAGUUCCAACAUAGCAAUGUGAAGCCUCACUAGUAG